AUGGGUUUUCUGGUGGAUUCGCAAAACCAUGGCGGACCCGGGUUCUGGGGAGGUUGCGUGAGGACUCUGAUAAGGAGGAAGCAGGUUGAUUCCGCUGACGGCAAUGUUCACGGCCACGGUGGUCACCACCAGUUGGCCAAGGAGCUCUCCGUUCUUCAUCUCAUUGCCAUUGGUAUCACAGAGCUGAGGAUUCUGCCUUGUGAUGAAGAGCAGGAGCCGGUGACUAGUGAUAUGUGCAGCUGGAGUAUGAAACUUGCAAGAAGUGGAAGAGCUCAAGAAUGACGCACCCGAGAACCUUCUCUCAAUAUUGAAGGAAUGUGAUAUUCAAAGGCUUUCAGGGGUGUCAACAUCUUUGAUGAACUACUCAGUUCUUCUGUAUAGAUAUUUAUUAAUUCAUGGAUGUUUAUUGAAUCUAGUUCCGCCGGAUAUGAUAUCAAGACUUUAAAAACCCAAUAAA